CAUAUAUCGGGAAAAGCCCGCCUGUCUGAUCCGAAAAUGUCUUGCCUUUCUCUACCUGAUAUAGGAAUUGUUGUUGAUGUUCAUCCGUCCUCCGAUCCACCGCCAAUGUCAAAGUCACCACAUUGCAUUCCCAAUGGGGAACUGCUGGUGCUAGAAGUUAGUCACUCUCAUCCUUGUUCGAUCAGCGACUGCGCGCACGCCGCAUGGAGAGGAGAGAUCCAGCGGGGGGCAUAUCGGUAGUUCUAAUCCGCCAUCGUUAUUGCUAUGACGACGCUGCAAACCCUUGGUGGGUCCUCUCGUUGUGGGUGGGUGCUGGGCCCUUCCCUCGACAAGAUAAUCAAGAAUGCUUCUUGGAGGAAGCACUCUAGUCUCGUGGCCGCCUGUAAGUCGGCCCUCGACAAGCUCGAGUCGUUGGCGGACGACGCCACCAGCCCGGCGUCGUGCACUCCUCUCUACGGACUUUCUUCCUCGGAUGCGGAGUUGCUGAUUCAGCCCCUCAUCAUGGCCCUCGGCACUGCCUCCCCUAAGGUCGUGGAGCCCGCCCUUGACUGCGCCUUCAGGCUGUUUUCCUUCGGCAUCAUCCGCGGCUGUGAGAUUAAAGAGAGUUCUUCCCUCGUUUUUCGCCUGGUGGACUCCGUCUGCAAAUGUUCUUCCCUCGGCGAUGAGGCCAUUGAGCUGGAUGUGCUCAAGGUCCUGCUCUCGGCUGUCCGGUCCCCCUGCGUCUAUGUCAGGGGCGAUUGCCUCGUCUACAUUGUAAAGACUUGCUACAAUGUCUAUCUAAGUGGACGAAGUGGCACCAAUCAGAUAUGUGCCAAGGCAGUCCUGGCACAGAUGAUGAUCAUUGUAUUUACCAGGGUGGAGGAGAAUUCCAUUCUUGCCAACUUUAAGAAUGUGAUUGUGUUUGAAUUGCUGGAGUUUUCUGAUAGGAAUCUGAACGAGGGGAGUUCUAUACACUUCUCGCAGAACUUUAUUAAUGAAAUUGUGGAGGCCAAGCAGAGCCCUGCUGACAUGAAGUUGUUAUCUGUGGAUUUACAAAAUGUAUUGAAUAAUUCCAAGGAAGAAACUGGUGAAGGGAAAAGUGAACCUAGUCCGAGUGGUUACUCAGACUUUCGGGAGGAUGGUUUUAUUCUUUACAGAAAUUUGUGCAAGUUAUCCAUGAAAUUUUCAUCAAACGAGCAAUCGGAUGAUCAGAUCCUUUUGAGAGGAAAAAUUCUCUCCUUGGAGCUUUUGAACGUCAUCAUGGCAAAUGCAGGUCCAAUCUGGUGCUCGAAUGAGAGGUUUCUUUCUACAAUCAAGCAGUAUCUAUGCGUAUCACUGUUGAAGAACAGUACGCUAUCAGUUAUGACGAUUUUUCAACUUCUUACCGCAAUAUUUCACAACUUACUAUCAAAAUUUAGAUAUGGCCUGAAAUCAGAAAUUGGGAUCUUUUUCCCAAUGUUAAUUCUCCGUGUAUUGGAGAAUGUGCUUCAACCUAGUUUCUUACAGAAGAUGACUGUUCUGAGUUUGGUGGAGAAGUUCUCUCAAGAUUCUCAGGGUAUCAUCGAUAUUUUUGUCAACUAUGACUGCGAUGUGGAUUCUCCAAAUAUAUUUGAAAGGACAGUCAAUGGUCUUUUGAAAACUGCUCAGGGUCCUCCACCUGGUUCUACCACUUCUUUGUCUCCAGCACAAGAUACUGCAUUACGCCUUGAAUCAGUAAAAUGUCUCGUUAGAAUAAUCAAGUCAAUGGGAUUGUGGAUGGACAAGCAGCUGAAAGUUGUAGAUUCAAAUCCACAAAAAUCUAGUGACAAUGAAAACAUGAAAGAUAACAUAAACAUAAUGGAUGAAACGAAACUUUCUGAUUAUGAUCUGCACACAGAGGCGAAUUCUGAAUUGUCAGAUGCUGCAACCCUGGAGAAGCGUAGAGCUUAUAAAUUAGAAAUUCAGAGAGGUAUAGCACUAUUCAAUAAAAAUCCUUCCAAGGGAAUUGAUUUCUUAAUCAGCAACAAAAAGGUUGGCAGCUCCCCUGAAAAAGUGGCUUCUUUUCUCAAAAGUACCCCUGGGCUGAGUGAGAGCAUGAUUGGCGAUUACUUUGGUGAAAGAGAGGAGUUUCCCAUGAAAGUUAUGCAUGCAUAUGUUGAUUCAUUCAACUUUGACAGAAUGGGUUUCGGUGAAGCAAUCAGAUUUUUCUUGAGAGGAUUUAGAUUACCUGGAGAAGCGCAGAAGAUUGAUCGCAUCAUGGAAAAAUUUGCAGAACGCUAUUGUAAAUGCAAUCCAAAUGCAUUUACUAGUGCAGAUACAGCCUAUGUUCUUGCCUACUCGGUGAUAAUGCUCAACACUGACGCUCACAAUAGUAUGGUAAAGGACAAGAUGUCGAAGGCCGAUUUCAUUCGAAAUAAUCGAGGCAUUGAUGGUGGCAAGAAUCUACCUGAACUUUACUUGAGUACUCUGUAUGAUGAUAUUGUGAAGAAUGAAAUCCAAAUGAGCACAGAGUCAUGUGCCCCCCAAAGCAGACAAGGAAACAGCCUAAACAAAUUAUUGGGCUUGGAUGGCAUACUGAAUCUGGUGUGGAAACAGUCCGAUGAAAAGGCAAUGGGUGCAAAUGGAUAUUUGAUAAAGCAUAUUCAGGAGCAGUUUAAGGCAAAAUCUAAGUCAGAGGAUAUUUAUCAUGCUGUAACUGAUCCUACCAUCUUGAAGUUCAUGGUUGAAGUUUGCUGGGGCCCUAUGCUGGCUGCAUUUAGUGUAACUUUGGACAAGAGCGAUGAUAAGGAAGCUAGUGCACAGUGCAUGGAGGGUUUCCGUCAUGCCAUACACAUUACAUCUGUAAUGGGGAUGCAAACUCAAAGAGAUGCUUUUGUAACUACCGUAGCCAAGUUCACUUACCUCCAUUGUGCUGCAGAUAUGAAGCAAAAGAAUGUCGACGCUGUCAAGGCAAUAAUAUCGAUUGCUAUUGAAGAUGGGAAUUAUCUUCAGGAAGCAUGGGAGCAUAUUCUGACUUGCUUAUCCCGGUUUGAGCAUCUGCAGCUGUUGGGAGAGGGAGCACCUCCAGAUGCACCGUUGCUAAAUUCACCUCGUUCUGAAUCUGAAGAUAAAUCAUCAAAGUCGUCAUCUUUGAAGAGGAAAGAAGCACUACAAAAUCCUGCUGUGAUGGCCGUUGUUCGAGGGGGAUCCUAUGAUAGCACCUCUACCAGAGCAAAAUCAUCUGGUCUUGUCAGUCCGGAGCAGAUCAACAACUUCAUUUCCAACUUGCAUCUGCUUGAUCAAAUUGGGAAUUUUGAGUUGAACCAUAUUUUUGGUCACAGCCAAAGGCUAAACAGUGAUGCAAUUGUGUCUUUCGUUACGGCCCUCUGCAAAGUAGCCAUGUCUGAAUUGCAAUCCACCACCGAACCACGUGUGUUCAGUCUCACAAAACUGGUGGAAGUUGCGCACUACAACAUGAACCGGAUAAGACUGGUGUGGUCUCGAAUGUGGAGUGUCCUGUCCGAGUUUUUUGUAUCAGUUGGUUUGUCUGAAAAUCUCUCUGCUGCAAUCUUCGUUAUGGACUCUCUACGACAGCUCGCCAUGAAGUUUCUAGAACGAGAAGAACUGGGAAACUACAAUUUCCAAAAUGAAUUUAUGAAGCCAUUUGUCGUCGUGAUGCAGAGUAGCAGUUCCCCAGAGAUCAGAGAGUUGAUUGUUCGAUGCAUUUCACAAAUGGUCCUCAGUCGGUUCAGCAACAUUAAAUCUGGAUGGAAGAGUGUUUUCAUGGUUUUAACAGCAGCUGCUGCUGAUGAAAGAAAGACCAUAGUCCUGCUGGCCUUCGAAACCAUGGAAAAAAUAGUUCGAGAAUACUUCACCUACAUAACUGAGACAGAAGCGCUGACUUUCACUGAUUGUGUCAUGUGCCUUGUCACCUUCACGAAUAAUAAGUUCAAUGAUGAUGUGAGCCUCAAUGCCAUUGCUUUUCUUCGGUUCUGCGCCGUCAAACUAGCAGAUGAUGGAAUUGCUUGGAACGAGAAAAGCAAAUGUGAUGCUCUUUGCCAUCCGGUAACAAAUUCUGAUGAUGAUUUGGGCAGUGAAACGAGCGCAAACAAGAGCAACUACAUGCAUUUCUGGGAUCCUUUGCUCUCAGGUUUGUCGACAUUGACAUUGGAUCCGAGACCUCCUGUUAGGAAAAGCGCUCUUGAAGUUCUAUUCAAUAUUUUGAAGGACCACGGGCAUCUUUUCCCGCAGCCAUUCUGGAAUAGUAUUUUCGACUCUGCUAUUUUUCCAGUAUUCAAUUCUACCAAAGAGGCGGCGCAAAAGGAUGAUGAUGGUAAUGAUGAUCGCCUCUCGCCAAAAGCUAGAGGAUCAACGCCCUUGGAUGGGAACGAUUCGGAGUAUGAAACUAAUGCUCUUGCAGGAGAAUGUCUAGUCGAUCUUUUCGUUCACUUCUUUGAUCAGGUCAGGCCUCAACAUCGUCGAGUGCUAUCCAUAUUAGCCAUUUUUGUAAGAGACCCGAAUCAAGCCGGUCCUUCAAAUGCCGGGGUAGCUGCUUUGAUGCGUUUGGCUACCGACUUGAAGGAUAAACUCUCGGAUGAAGAAUGGAGCGAUAUUUUCCUGUGUUUGCACGACGCUGCUGGAUCCGAUUUACCACACAUUACAAAGCUUCUGGAAAAGAUGAACUGCAUCGAGGUUCCAGACGCGAGUUCCCAUAACAACGGAACAGACUUGUCUUCUGAUCACGCCGAUGCUUCUGAAAAUGAUACCGAUAAAGAGAUGCAAACUGCAGCUUAUAUCAUCUCACAGAUUAAAAACCAUAUAGCUGUGCAGCUGCUCAUCAUCCAGGUGGUGACUGAUCUUUACAAGAUGCAUUGGCAAUAUUUGUCGUUGAAUCCUGUUUCCAUUGUUCUCGAUGCGUUUUCAUCUAUUGCAAGACGCUCCCACGAAUUGAACUCCAACCAAAUCUUACUCUCCAAGGUGGAGAAGGCGUGCUCGUACCUGGAGAUUUCUUGCCCGCAGACGGUUCACUUUGAAAACGACUCUUACCACAACUACUUGAACUUUCUGCACGACCAACUCGCUCACAAUGCAGCUCUGUCCAAGGAACUCGACAUGGAAUCAAAGCUUUUGCAGACAUGCAACGAGAUGUUACAAAUGUACCUAGACUGCGCCGGAUUCGGACAUAAAGACAAUGGUAGUAAGAAUUCGCAGAGUUACUGUGUUUCAUUCGCCUCGGGGCAGAAGGAGGAGCUGGCUGCUCGUUCGCCGUUGGUUUUGUCGGUGAUGCGAGUCUUGGUCGGUCUAGAACGUGACUCGUUUCGGAGGUAUAUUUCGCCGUUGUUCCCUUCUUUGGUGGAUCUCAUUCGAGUGAAGCAUAGCUCGCGGGAAGUGCAACAUUUUCUAAGCAACAUAUUCCAGUCGUGCAUAGGGCCGAUAAUAAUGUAGCCGUGUUUCCCUUUGCUUCCGAGUUUUGUCAGUUUGUAUCGUUUUAAACACGGCCGUGUUGUACGGGUAUAUGGUUUAAAUUGUCGUAUGCUUGUAUUGGACCCUCAUUAACUUUGUCUAAUAUUGGGACGUUGUUUGUUUAUUUGUUCUCCACCACGGC